CGGAUCGUGUGCUGAUUCCAGAAUUCAGGGUUGUACCAUCGAGAAAAGGUGCGCAAUACGAUACCUCUAUCGUUCGAUGAUGCCGUUCGCGUUUAUCGAACCACUAUCGGGUGCGAGUCUGUGGACCGAUAGUAGGGUAUUUUAUGGCAUUCACCCGCAAACCUCGAUCGAAGACGGCCCAGUACCGGCGAAAGCCAAUCAAACUGAAGGAAAGAUAACCCAUCAAACAGACCCUGAGAGAAAGAGUCAAGGCCUUGAAUGAGAAAGAGAGCAAAUAAACAAACUUAUAUAUUCGUUAAAUUUUUGAACAUAACAGUCUGCGACGAACAGUUGAUCGGGGACAAGCUAUUGGCCGGUUGUUGGGUGGGUAACCAAGACAAGACAAGACUGUCAAUUUCUAGGUCAGUGAGCGACAAAGAGUGAAAGUACAGAUAAAACAAGUGAACAUGAAGCCACUGUUUGCGUCCGGUGUUGCGUUACUGUUAUUGAUGUCAGUCCGAUUGAACCGUGGACAAGACUUCAAAGGCGCCAUUGAUCAGUGCACAAAGGAGUUCGACAUGGAUAUGGACAUUGUGAUCUCACUCAAAUACGGAGAUUUCAGCGAACGCGAUCCGCUAAUCGAGUGUUUCACUGAGUGCUUGAUGAAACGAUCGGGAUUCAUGUUCGAUGACUUCACGUACAACAAAACACUAAUAAUCGGAUUCGCCGGACGAUAUCUGGAACCAGAGGGGGCCCAAAACGUGUAUGAUAAUUGCGUGGACAGAUUUGGAUCCACCGUAUGUGUAACCGGAUUCGAAAUGUACCAGUGUAUACACGAAACCGCCGUUUCGGAGUGGGUGGAGAACAAUUUCUAACCAAAGUUACAUCGCGCUGUUGACCCGUUUUUGGAAACCAAACGAUUGCUUUGCUUACGUUUUCAUUAAGCAAUAUUGUAAUUUUACUCUAGAUGUAAGCCUUAUGACUCAUCAAAUCCCUUGUUCAUUCUGACAAAUUUGUCAUUUAUUUAUCUAUUUAUUCAUAUCUAAUUUAUAUUAUUUAUUCUUUUAUUUAUAUAAACUUCAUACAUUUGAAAUGUAAUUUAUUUGAUGAACAUAUGUCAUAUUUUACACAUAGUGUAACUACCAUUUAACUGUCGCUCUAGGUAAGAAACAAUGUUUGAAGCUUUAAUAGAAUAAACGUCUUUAAAACAACAGCUACGAGAACUGAAUUACAUUGCGUCAUUUUAACUGAUUAACAGGCGACUAUAAUAUUUUUAAAAAAAGAAGACUAGUUCAUUGGAUUUAGUUUUAUAUGUCGAUUAUCUAAAUCUGAAUCGGUGAAGAAACAUGAUUUUUCGAACGGUUAACUUUGAAAAUCAAGACUCAAAAACGAAAAAAAAUACAUCUCUGAUUUUUUGGAUAUGUUAUGUAAAAAAAACUCAGCUUUCUAGAAAACAUGCAUAAAAUAUAGCGCCCUUGGUCCCGAGACCAUGGAAACAGUAAAAAAAACAAAUACAAUCAAUCAUUAGAAACAUUAGAGGCGAAUGAACUGCAAAGUUUAAAGCCUCAUUAAAAACAAAGAGUGAAGUGAAUAAUUACAAAUACAAAAUCCAACUUUUUUGCAAGUGCAAUAUUUUUCAAGAAAGACUAAUUGAUUGGCUUUAAUUUGAUAUGUCGAUCAUCUGAAUCGAUUCAGUAGUUCAAAAGUUAUGAAUUUAAAAAAAAGUCAUUUUCUGAAAAAAAAACGGGAGAGAUUUGAUUUUUCGGUCACUCUAAAAUGGAAAUUGACACUCAAAGAAAAAAAAAAUAAAAAAUAAGGAUCUAAUACUUUGCGAUAAGGAACAAAACUACAACUUUUCACAAAAGUCUGAAUAUCGGUUUGACAUGGAAUGGCUGUAUAUUUACCAAAUACUUUUUCAACAGACCUCUUAGAGUCACUCAAUUUAUUUGGGCUUCUAGAGAUGCGAUAGAUGAUGAAAAGAUGAUGAUGAUGAUGGCCCACCUCAUACCCCUACAAAGGUUUGAGCAGGGCGAUUUAUCUUAUAGAUAAUAUUUAUUGUCAAACAUAUCAAGAAGCCAGUAUUAUAAAAACAAAAACAAAAACAAAGCGAACUGGCUCUGUUGCAGGCAUAAAUAUCUAUCAAUAGAAUAUUAAAAAAUAGGCAUGAACUGCAAAAAAAUAAACAAUGUUCCUAUCUAUAUUGACAUUGACAUAGUCAUAUUCUCAACUUCAGGCCCAAAGUUUUUCCAAGGCAUGUCAAGAAAAUUUCCUACCCGGGAAGAUCCUUGACUGAUUGGGAAUUGAACCCAACUAACAACAACUAACAACCAAAAGUUUCAACUUAGUACAUAAAAGAGAUCUGCUACAAUCAGAAAUAAUCGAUACCACCAUCUGAUGAAAGAUAGUUUACGACAAUUCUGAAUGAGCUAUCCCUAUUCCAGUUUCCACUUCAGACCCUACAUAAAAUUUCAUUGUGUGUCAGUUUUCUGCCAGUGUUCAUUAUUAACAUUGGUCCAAUCCCACCAAACGCGCGCGACGCUCAAACUUUCGUAGACAACGCUCGUUUUUCUUUUUUUUUAAUGAUCUACA